ACUGGUGGGCUUGGCUCGUCCCCACGGUGAUCGCACGUAUCAAUCGCUCAGGUCAUUUCCGGAUUCCUCAGUUAUUUGAACAACAAGGCACUCAUUCAACCAGUCUCUCCUUUCAAUCUGUUCCAUCACCCAGUACAUCAUGGGCUCGUUACAAGAUAACAUCGAGAUGAUCCCCAAAAAGCAGAUCAUCGAGGAGCUUGGUUCGGAAGAACGAGCGCGCAUUCUGCGCAAGAUUGAUUGGCACCUAUUACCUUAUGUGACGUUAUUUUACCUGUUGGCGUUCUUAGACCGAGUCAAUAUUGGCAACGCGAAGGUCGCUGGCAUGUCUACAAAUCUGAACUUGAUCGGCCUUAGGUACAACAUCGCUGCAGCCGUCUUUUUUAUCCCGUACAGCUUUGCUGAGGUCCCCUCGAACAUCGCGCUCAAGCUGUUCAGGCCGUCGCGCUGGAUACCAACUCUCAUGGUCGCAUGGGGUCUUGUGAUGACCCUCAUGUGUCUCGUCAAUUCGUUCCAAUCUCUCAUUGUAGCUCGAGUGUUUCUUGGCUUGACAGAAGCAGGGUUGUUUCCUGGAGUGAAUUACUACAUAUGUCUCUGGUAUCCACGAUCUGAACGGUCCAAACGCAUUGCCAUAUUCUUCUCUGCGGCAUCGAUGGCAGGUGCCUUCGGCGGACUCCUUGCGUAUGGUAUUGAACGGAUGGAGGGGAUCGGAGGAUUGCAUGGUUGGCAAUGGAUUUUCUGCUUAGAGGGCAUGGCCACCGUUCUCGUCGCAUGUGUCUCGUUUUUCUUCAUGCAUGAUUAUCCCGAAACAGCCAAAUUUUUGACAGAGCCAGAGAGACUAUACAUCGUGAAUAUGCUCAAACAGGAUGCGAACAACCUUUCCACCCGCUUCCGCACUCAAUUCAUCUUGCAAGCCAUGAAGGAUUACAAGACCUACGUCCAAAUUAUCAUUUAUAUGGGAUUGCUCGUCCCUGGUUAUGCUAUUGCCCUCUUUACACCAACUAUCAUCAAUGAGCUUGGCUACUCUGCUGCCAAUGCUCAGCUGCUCUCAGUUCCACCAUUCGUUGCUGGUUGUAUUGCAACAAUCAUAGUUGGCAUCUAUUCUGACAAACACAAACUUCGUGGCCCGUAUAUCAUUGGUUGCACGCUCGUGGCUCUUGUGGGAUAUAUCUUGCUAUAUACCAACUAUCGAGCAGGCCCGUCGUAUGCUGGAGCUUGUCUGGCCGCUAUGGGUAACUAUCCAACCGUCGCAAUUGCUCUCGCUUGGGCAGGCUCCAAUGCAGGAGGCGACUUAAAGCGUGGAGUCGUGCUAGCGAUGGUCAUCGGUGUUGGUAACCUUGGAGGUAUUUGCUCCUCCUUCAUUUAUAUUGAUCCUCCACGUUUCCACAUUGGGCAUGGCACCGUCAUGGGAUUCCUUUCUCUUGCAAUCAUAACGAGCCUCUUCGCCAUGUGGAACUAUAAUCGGUUGAACGAGAAAAAAGAAGCACAGUGUCUGGCGAAAAAUAUUACUGACGACAGAGGACACGCAUUCGAGGACAUGGGCGAUGCCAGUCCGCUUUUCAGGUGGGCUCCACGACUCGUCCGCGGUGCAACCUUGACUGACGGGUAUGCAAGGUACGCCAUAUGAGACAUACAGCUGAUGCAAGCCGUCCUUUUGAGCGUUCAUUAAUUCCACACGUCAGCUUCAAGAAUAACGAAUACCUAAUACGUCUCGCCUAUGAUGUGCAUUUAGAGUACUGGCAUUUGACCGGCACGAUGGAAUGUUACAGAUACUUGUCAGUGUCAAUUAAUCCUUCGCAGAAUAGGACCAUCAGCAUUAGAAGGCAGAUAGAACACGGAUCACAUGUCCACAAAAAUAACUGACGGACCAGACAUAUAACUUGACCACCCUCAAGAUUCCGAUACAGAAUUCAUUGACAGGUGUCUUAAGGGGGUGAGAGAACACGUCCGAGACGCAAGGACUGCGAGGCGGUCACAGGCGUGAGCUGGCGGGAAAAUGUAUGGUGAGUUGAAU